ACCGUCGAGGGUUUUGAAAACAACACGCGGACCGGUGAAAUUUGGUGCUUGCGUUGUGGCCGCGAUUGAAAUUUAAUCUAAAAUAUUGUAAUAAAUUAUGAAUAAAGCGUAGCAAAAUAGUACAAUAAUCGUUAGUCAGUGCUUCAAAAUGUUUGUGUUGGCUGAAUUGAAAGAUACCGUCCGCAUUGCCCCGGAAUUAUUCAAUUUGAAACUGCCAGAGGCCAUCAAGGAUGAAGUCAACAGGAAGCUUGCCAACAAGGUCCUGUUGAAUGUUGGAUUGUGCAUCACCCUCAAAGACAUCGUUAAAUUGGGUGAUUCCAUUAUCCUACCCGGAGACGGUGCCUCCCAUACGGAAGUCAACUUUCGGUACAUCGUCUUCCGGCCGAUGGUGGGCGAUGUCAUCACGGGAAAGAUUCGAAGUUGCAGCCGAGAGGGUGUCCACGUAACGCUGGGAUUCUUCGACGACAUCCUAAUUCCGCCCUCGGCUCUCCAGCAUCCGUCUCGGUUUGAGGAAGCGGAGCAGGCCUGGGUGUGGGAGUACCCGCUGGAAGAUGGCAAAAAGCACGAUCUGUACAUGGACAUUGGCGAGAGUAUCAAGUUUCGUGUUUCCGGUGAGGUGUUCGAGGAGAGCUCUCCCAUCGGUCCACCAGAUCAGGAAGCGCCCAGCACUAGCACAACGACAACCGAGGCGAAUAAGACUCCCUACCGGAUUAUGGCUGCAAUUAACGAAUCCGGGUUGGGCUUGCUAUCCUGGUGGGUCACACAAAGUCAGGAGGAGGACGGCGAAGAAGAACAAGAAGAAGCGGAAGAGGAAGACGAGGAAAUGGAAGAAGAGGAUGAAUAAAGUGAUGCCGAAAGAAUUUGUUCCAGUUUUUCAAGUUUGUAAGUAUAUUACAAAGUCCAUAAUUUUUAUGAUUAAAAUGUAUUUAUUUCAAAGUUUGA